AUGUGGAUCGCGCGGCGAGCCAGCGAAAGCUCAUUACUCAACGAAGAUAAAGGUCCACUACCUACCACGGGUGACGUCGACGCACUCAUUGAAUGGAAUGCCUUAUCGACUAAGCGUCAUGGCCGCUCGGUACGCCUAGCAAACGACCCUCCAGUAUCACAAGAACUCACGAGACAACAAAUUCGAGCUUGGAAGAAGUGCGCCGACGACUGUAGGGCCAACUUCAAACACGUCCUCCUAUGGCCUUGCAUGUAUUGCCUCCACUACAUCGACUACAAAGAACGACCUAAAAGUUCACGUUUCUUCUGCAGGCGAUCGGAAUGUGUGGGUAGAGGCAAAGUCCAGGUGAACUGCCUUUGGAAGAUUACAGAGAGUAUCGAAUGGAGACGCGAUAAACGAGCCAGUGUGAUUCCUGGGCGGUCCGACGAUGGGGCUAGUAUGGCCACUACCAACGCCGAUACAGUGCGCCCGCAUUAA